GUUCAUGGGAUAUUGGACGGUCCGAUGACCGAUGGACGGACGGAAAGGUCGAGUACCCCUGUUGAUUCAUUCUGUUCGCCGAGAAAAGUUGACCCAAUUGUAUUCGCCCUUUUCUUUUUCGUGCUGAGCUUAGUCCCCUGACCUUGCAUUUGAAAUAUCUCCCCUUUUUUACUUAUCUUGAUGGUCUAGUUACUUGCAGCCUAUGGUAAGGUAGUAUGAGGGUUGUCUUUGCCUUGUCCAACCUGCUGGUGCUGGCAAGCGAAGACCUUGAGCGGGCGGAGAGAUGGAGCGGCGGCGAGCGGCAGCAACGGAGGAGGAGGAGGCCAUACUACGUGACAAGGCAAACCUCCUGCGAGAGUCGAUGCGGAGGAGCGAGAUCAUCCAGCGGUGCGCGGCCGCGGCGGUCACUUCCAUCACCACCCGCAUGGCCGCCAUUGACGACGCCGUGCGCCCGGCUGAGGCGAGGACGUACGACGCGUGCAGGGUUCACGACAACGUCCGGCGGAGCCUCAGGGCAGUCGACCCCAUCGUUCGCCGCCUCGACCUUGUGCAAGAGGCAGAGAGUGUGGUACUGAACAGACCAAGCAAGGAUCUUGGUGCCUAUCUUCACGCGGUUGAUAAGUUGAGAAGCGUUGAGUGCUUCUUCAAUUCAAAAAGAAGCUACAGAACUAGUGAUAGCGUGCUCAAACAUGUCAAUGAAUUGCUUUCUAAAGCAGCUGUAGGGUUGGAAAAUGAGUUCCACAGGCUCUUAUCGAGAUGCAGUAAACCUGUUGAACUGGAGUGUCUUUUCAACUCUCUUCCAUGUCUAAGCCAGAGGGUGUCAAGUGAGAACAUUUUUGGUGGUAGCAUAAAUUCCUCAUCUAAAGAUUCUUCUGUCGGCCAGAUAAAUGUGCAUGGUGCAUACACUCUUCCCAGGCUCAUUGAUUCCCGCUGCAUUCCUCUGCUCUCAAAGUUGGUCGAGAAAUCAGUUCAGCUUGGCCACCAUCAGCAAUUUCUAAAGAUAUACAGAGAUGUUCGUGGCUCAACUUUGGAACUGAACAUUAAAUCCUUGGGAGUUGAAUAUGUUACAGCCAAAGAAAUGCAGAUCGUGCAGGCUGAGACCUUGGAUGCUGAAAUUGCUCAGUGGAUGCAAUUUUACCGAAUUGGGGUAAAGUUGCUUUUUGCUGCUGAACGCAAACUGUGUGAUCAAAUCUUUGAAGGAAAGCAUGCAUUGAAGGAUCAUUGUUUUGCUCAACUAACGGCAAAAAGUCUAUCAAUUCUACUUAGCUUUGGCGACGCUGUUGCUAAAUCCCAAGGAUCACCAGAAAAACUAUUCGUGCUGCUUGAUAUGUUUGAGGCAACAUUGGAACUUCAAUCAGAUGUUGAGAUGCUCUUUGAGGGACAUGCAUGCUCUGAAAACCGGAAAUCCGCACUUGGUUUGACGAAAAGCUUAGCACAAACUGCAGAAAGAACUUUCAGCAACUUCAAAGGAAACAUUUUGAGGGACUCACCAAAUAGUACUACUGCCGAUGGAGCUGUGCAUCGUCUUACCAGCUAUGUCAUUAAUUAUGUAAAGCUUCUUUUUGACUAUCAGUCAUCACUCAAGCAGAUAUUCAAAACGCAUGUUACUGAAGAUGGGACAAAUUCUGAUCUGGUCUCUCAAAUCGUGGAUGUUGUACAUGCUCUGGAGACCAACCUUGAGGCCAAAUCAAAGCAAUACGAGAAUCAUUGUCUGGCGCACCUAUUUUUAAUGAAUAAUAUCCAAUAUAUCAUCAGGUCUAUAUGCAGAUCUGAAGUUAAGGAGUUUUUUGCUGAUGAUUGGAUUCAAAGGCGCCGACGGAUUGUGCAGCAACAUGCUACUCAGUACAGGAGAAUUUCUUGGAGAAAGGCAUUGGACUUUCUCUCAGUUAGAGGUAUAACUUCAUCAUUAAGUUCUACUGUAGAGAGUACUCAAGGAAGCAUGCCAACCAUCGGAUCUAAUAGCAGUACAACCUCCAAAUCUGUCGUCAAAGAAAGAUUCCGGUCUUUCACCAUGCAAUUUGAAGAGGUUUGCCAGACACAGAUAAACUGGGUUGUCCCUGACAGAGAGUUGAGAGAUAACCUUAUUCUUGCUAUUGCUGAAAUUCUCAUACCUGCUUACAGAGAGUUCCUGAAACGCUUUGGGCCACUUGUUGGGAGCAGCCGUAACCCAUCAAAAUAUAUAAAGUACAAUCCAGAUGAGCUUGAAGAAGCACUUGGUAAUCUAUUUGCAAAGAAAUUACUGAUCGAAAAGCAAUUUUGAUUGGGCCAAGCAUCCUGACCAGCUGCAAGUUAAGGCCUCUUGUAAAAUAUAUAUGUUCGAUAUACUUGGAUGAUAAUGGUGCUUCUAGUACUAGGAAUCUUUUGAACAGAAUUCUAUUUCACUCUGCUACAAGCCCUGUAAAAAUACACAGUUUUGGUUCUAUUUUUUAUUAUAUUCUAAUGUACUUGUUUACUGAA